AUGAAAAAAUUUAAUUUUGAAGAAAAUUCCCAUCGUAGAUUUAAUCCCUUAACAAACUCAUGGGUAUUAUGUUCACCACAUCGGACAAAAAGACCAUGGGAAGGGCAUAAAGAAGUUAUUGAUGAUGAAUCAUUAGCGGAAUAUGAUCCAGAAUGUUAUCUUUGUCCUGGCAACACUAGAGCCCAAGGUGAUAAAAAUCCUCAAUAUGAAAAUACAUUUAUAUUUAAUAAUGAUUUUGCUGCUGUUAAAAAUGAUCAGCCUGAAUAUCUAGAACAAUCUAAAGAUAAAAUUUCGUCAUUGUUACGAGUUGAAGGUGUUAGAGGUGAAUGUAAGGUAAUGUGCUUCUCUCCGAAGCAUAACAUUACCGUGGCAGAAAUGUCAGAAGAUGCAAUACUAUGUGUAAUUCAAUCAUGGACAAAAAUAUAUCGAGAAAUGUCAACAAAAUCUUAUAUCAAUUAUAUUCAAAUAUUUGAGAAUAAAGGAUCAAUAAUGGGUUGUUCAAAUCCACAUCCACAUUGUCAAGUUUGGUGUACAGAAACAAUACCGGAAGAACCAACAAAAGAGUUAAUUUCAAUGAAUAAUUAUUAUAAAAACAAUAAUUCAUGUUUAUUAUGCGAUUAUACCCAACUUGAAACCAUUAAAUUAAAAUAUAAACCAAGAAUAGUUUGUGAAAAUAACUCUUUCGUUUGUUUGACUCCAUUUUGGGCGGUUUGGCCUUAUGAAACCAUGAUUAUUUCAAAAUCGCAUAUUAUUAGUUUAUUGGAUUUGGAGAAUGAUGAUGAUGGUAAUAUUCUACAAAAAGAUCUUGCUAACAUUAUUCAUAGAAUUACUUGUAAAUAUGACAAUGUUUUUGAAUGUUCUUUUCCUUAUUCAAUGGGAAUUCAUCAAGCUCCCGUUGAUAAUAAAGAUCACACGAAUGAUUCACAUUUACAUUUACAUUUUUAUCCUCCCUUACUGAGGAGUCCAACCAUCAAGAAAUUUUUAGUUGGGUAUGAAUUACUCGCUGAACCACAACGUGAUCUUACACCUGAACAAGCUGCUGAUAGAUUAAGAAAUUGUUCGGAAAUACACUAUAAACAAAAAUGA